ACUCACUGUCGACUAUCACCACCAUGAUCAUCAAUAGGACUAUAGGAGUCCCCCAAUUCCCAAGCCCACUCCGAUCUCAUGGCCGCCCCUCUGCUUCUCAGAGGCAUUCCAGUCCUCCGCCUUCGACUCCACCAUCACCACCGGCUCGCCGCCAGUAUUUUCGCGACGCCGCGCCGCCCCUGGUGCACCGCCGCCGAACCGAAUCGGGCCGACGAGAGUUUAUCUCCUGCAGACAACUUCACCGCGGCCUGGAGUGCCAGGGACCCUCCCAAGCACCCUCGGUGGGAGGACCCUGACUACGGCCAGUGGAAGGACAAAGAAAAGGAGAUCCUCCGAGACAUCGAGCCCAUCACUACGCUCACCAAAGAGAUUCUCCACUCGGACAGGUAUAUGGAUGGGGAACGUCUAACAGCCAAAGAUGAGAAAGCUGUGGUAGAGAAGCUUCUUGCUCAUCAUCCACAUUCUGAAGAUAAAAUUGGAUGUGGACUUGAUUCUAUUAUGGUUGAUCGGCAUCCCCAAUUUAGACGCUCAAGAUGCCUCUUUGUCAUAAGAACUGAUGGUGGAUGGAUAGACUUUUCCUAUCAAAAGUGCCUUCGAGCAUACAUUCGAGAUAAGUACCCAUCCCAUGCAGCAAGGUUCAUUCGGGAACAUUUCAAACGCGGUAGUGGUUAGUGUGUUAGUCCUGUUGAUUCUUAGAAUUUUUGGUAUCACUACAUAUGGCCAUGUAUGUUUAUUUUAUUUUUUUCCCCCAUAAGGGGCAAAGAACUUUCACAUUGUUUUCAGUGACCUAUAUAUAUAGCCUAGAUCGGCAAAUUGUCAAUGUAGUAGAUGAUCCGUGACCAGCCCUUAAUGUUUGUUUACAUAUAUGAAGACACAGAAAAUGAUUGAAGUGAACUGUUUGUUGA